AGAUGCAUUCAGCACUCUCAAAUCUGCUCUCACUUCUGCCCCUGCUUUAGGUUUCCCUUGUUCUGACCUCCCGUUCUUUCUAUGGUCAGCUGUGAAACAAGGCCACAUGACAGCCGUUCUUACUCAGCCCCAUGGAGGCAUACAACGCCCCGUUGCUUACUAUUCUUCUCGCCUGGAUUCUGUCGCUUCUGGUCUUUCCCCUUGCUUACAGGAAGUGCAGGCUGCCGCCACAGCAGUAACGGUCUCCGCUGCACUAGUCUCAGGAGCUCCACUCUCUGUCAAUGUCUCUCAUGCUGUGCAUAACAUACUAACCCAAGGCCGUUUCUCUCGUGUUUCAGCAGCCAGGUGGACUAGAUGGGAAGCCAUCUUGUUAGCUCCGCUUAUCACACUCAUCCACUCCCCAGCUGUGAACCCAGCCACUCUCUUACCUGUCGAGGGAGACGGGGAGCCACAUGAGUGCCCAUUGUCUCCAGAUCACCCAUCCAAUUCAGACAUCUCUGAAACACCUCUUUCUGACAAUGAUUUCUCACUUUUUGUUGAUGGAUCUCGUUUUUACAAUGGGGCCCACCCAGUUACAGGAUAUGCAGUUAACUGGUCAUCUCGGGGUUUCCUGACUUCAUCAGGUACCCCGAUAAAAAAUGGGGGGGUUGUUCAGAAUCUCAUAACUGCCUCUAAACUACCAAACAAACUAGCAGUUGUAAAAGUGAAAGCGCACACUAAAGGACAAGAUGCAAUCAGCUUGGGUAACCACUGGGCAGAUGAAGCUGCCAAAGCAGCAGCUUUAAAUGACUCCCUGCCUACUUACAAAAUUGCAGCUAUUGACAUGUCGGGUCCAACUAACAUUGACAUAGCUAAACUACAGGAUGCCUGUACAAGAGCUGAAAAAUGGACGUGGAUUGAAAAUACAUGCACUCUUAAUGAUGACAACAUUUGGCACACACAGGACGGGAAAGUUGUUGCCCCUCAGAGCAUCCUUUCAUUGCUUUGUGAAGUAUACCAUGGCAUUGCACACAAUGGAGAAAGAACAAUGCGGCACAACAUGUCACUUCAUUGGUGGUCUCCCAAAAUGACCAAGGUAAUGAAAGAUUUCGUUAGGCGUUGCAUCAUUUGUGCAAAAAGCAAUCAAGGUCCAAAAAUAAAAGUAAUGAUGAAACACCAGCCACGGCCUACUGGACCCUUUCAGCAAAUCCAGAUGGAUUUCAUUGGCCCUCUUCCAAAGAGCCAUGGAAAAGAACACUGUCUCGUUCUCAUAGACCACUUCACACGCUGGGUAGAAGUUUACCCUGUAGCCUGUGCAAAUGCCGCAACCACAGCAAAAAUAAUCGCAUCUGAAUUCUGCCCACGCUGGGGCCUUCCCUGCUACAUAGACUCAGACCAAGGGACCCACUUCACCGGUAAAGUAAUGAAACAGGCAUCCCGGUCUGGAUCCACCAAUCCCGGACCAAACCAUGCCCAUCACCCGAAGACCUCAAAAAGCCUGAAGAACUCCCUGCCACGGACGACUGCAGCCUUCACGAAUCAGGUGCAAACGUUCCAAUUUUUUCACAUACUCAACCAAAUUGAGCAUUCAAGUUAUGCUCCCAUCCAACAUGCUGAAUUCAUUUGUAAUUAUAAUCACAGUUUUGAGCCAUGGUGGAGUAAGUGCUGUGGACAAUAACAUUUACAUGCAAUUAGUUCACAUGACAGCCAAACAUGCAAAUAAGACUGGCUGCUAUGUCUGUGGAUUAAUACCACAUUCUGUCACACUUGGUGUUCCAAUGAUGUCCGUACCUAUCGCCUCCAAGUAUAACACUGCAGAUAGCGAUAGGAAAAGUGAACUUGUUACCAGACCUAAACAUAUAUGUGAUCCUGAACCCAUUAACAUUGCUCUGUCUCUUGGCCCAUAUCUGUGGUGCCUCAAACAAAAUGGCUCUAUUUAUGUUGGAGAGACCCUGGACUGCAAUACGGUUAUUAACUACCAUGAUAAACCUGUACAAAACCACACAGCUAUGGGAGUCUAUUGGGUUUGUGGGAACAAUGCCUAUUCUGAGUUGCCUAAUUCAUGGUCUGGUAUCUGCGCCUUAGGACAUUUGGUCCCGGCCAUGAGAAUUACAUCUAUUCUACCGGACCGAGUCAGAUAUGAAAGAUCAACUGACGUCUUUGGAACUCACCAUCAGUCUGUUUGGAACAGAGCACUUGGUGCUCUCAUUCCUACUUAUGGGGUUAUGUCCGCUCUAGAUCAAAUUGGCGACCUCUCCAAAGAGGUAGAGCUUUUGGCCAAUAGCACGGCAUUAGGUCUAGGCAAAAUUUCAGAGGAAUUGACAGCUGUCAGAGUGAUGGCUCUACAGAACAGAGCUGCAUUAGAUUAUAUCCUCUCAGCUCAGGGUGGGACAUGUAAAAUAAUUGGCAUCGAAUGCUGUUCCUAUAUUCCCGAUAAUCAGGAUGACCUGAAACGUGUGAUCUCAAAAAUCAAUAAUGUUUCCCGGUCCGCACAUGAAAUAUCACCUACAACACCUGGUUUUCUUGAAUGGUUAUCGAGCUAUUUGGGUGACCUUGGCAAAAUUGUAGUUGAAUACAUUUUUCUGAUUAUACUGGGAUUAACUGUACUGGCAUUGAUAAUUAAAGGUGUGAAAUUAAUUUUCGUACAGUUAAUCUGUGGUAAAACUAAUGAGCAAACCACACAAGUUGUUCACUAUACAAAGACUCCGACAGCAUACAUAAUAUAGAACCAAGUUGUAAUAACUUGGGAGUACUUGAUAAUGCCCUCACAUGGUAUUCUGUUUUCUUCCUCAUAUGCCGGAGAGGACACUCCCAUGACACCAUACCGGCGCCGAGGACACCACCCCUCCAAGACCAUGUUGCUGCAAACCAGGAGUAAAUUGCAAGAAAUCCCACCAAGCCUUGAAUCGAGCCUUCCCUACCAAACCAAUGUCACUAUCCAUCCAGCCAGCAACAGAAGGACUUUUUUCUUUACAAGUUAUGUUCUUGGAGUACAUCUCGUUCGCCCGUAAGGGGGACGUGAGGGAAUUUUGCCUGAAGUUUUCCUAACACAGGUUUUUGACAGGUUUUCGCCCUCACCCUGAACAAUGACUAAAUAAAUGUAACUGUAAAAUUGACUUAACCAUGAGAUUCAUGUUGUGUCAAAAGGAGGGACUGUUAGGAUACAGAAAGUUUGUGCUGUAGGAGACAGACAGAUUUGUGUAUUCCAAAACCUCACGUGCAUGUGAGAGUCCGCCAUUGUUUUACAAAGACAACCAAUAAGACACAGUGGUAGAAAUUGCAGCCUAUAGGGCAACUCUGUAUAACAAACAACCAAUCAGAGUUCAUGCUGUAUUCUGCGCACAAAUUUGAAUAUAUGUAAAUGUAACUGUAUAAACUCCACAAACUC